CCUUCAACUCUUGCGACAAAAACCUUCUCAAAAUCUCAAAAACUUCUCCAUCUUUUUCCUCUUUGUCCCCGAAAAUCGCCUCUCCUUCGUCAGUCUCUCCAAUGGGUGUCUCCUUCAACAUCAACCCAUCUUCUUCUCUCCCUCAAACCCCUUCAAAAAAGCACAAAGCUUUACUUGUUUUAAGCUACAUCCUCCUUGCAGCAGCCUCAAGUUUCACCUUCCUCACUCUCUCCCUCCGCCUCUUCCCCUCGCUCUGCGGCUUCUUUCUCAUCCUCCUCCACGUCCUCAUCAUCUGCGCGGCGAUCUUCGCCUGCCACGUCGCCUCCUCUGCCUCUAACCGCUGGUAUGCAGCCCACAUGGUGGUCACUGUGGUGACCGCCAUCUUUGAAGGCUCAAUGUCUGUGUUAAUCUUCACCAACACCACCGAGUUUCUUGGGUACUUAAAGUCCUACGUGAGGGAGGAAGAUGGGGUUGUGAUUCUUAAGCUUGCUGGUGCUCUCUCUGUGUUGAUCUUUUUCCUGGAAUGGGUGGUGUUGACAUUGGCUUUUCUGUUGAGGUACAAGGAGUUUGUUGCAGGCAGCAAUGGAAGCAGACUGCAUGAAGAGCAAUCCAAGGUGUACGCUUCUAACUACGCCUGAUCUUUCAUCGUUGUAAGAGCAUAUAUUAAUGGAGAUGGAGAUCAUGAUCUUGAUGGGGUUUAAGUUUUGGUUGAUUGUUGUUAAAUUAUUUUGCUUCUUGAUGAUUCAAUUUGGCUAUGCUUUGUAGUCUGUAUGUUAAUGUGGUUUAUUCUUUGCACUAAUGAAAUUCUUCUUUUUUUCUAA